AUGACCGACGAACCGGAUCGUAGUGCUGAGGCUGACGACGCACAAGGCCAAUCACCGGACGAGGAUUACCAGGACGCCCCUCCAACUAUUCAACGGGAAGAGGCCACGAGCGACGAGAAUGCCCAGGAUCCCCCUUCAACUAUUCAACGAGAAGAGGUCACAGAUGACGAGAAUGCCCAGGAUGCCGCUCCAACGAUUCCACUUGAAGAGCAUACGGGCGAGAUGCGACCCGUCACGCCAUCGGCAGGACACGAGAAAGAAGUAGUAGAUGAUACGGACGCUACAUUCGAGGAAACCGCCCUGCACCGCGCCCUGCAAGACCUCGAUUUUGACGACGAUAGUUCGCCAAAACUCGACAAGCUAGAUAGUGAUUGGAAGGGCAUGAUCAACAUUCAGUCUUCAGAGCCGCCCCACCUUACACCUUUGCAUAUGGCAGUUGAGCGAAAUUUCCCAAAGGUUGCCAAACGGCUUAUCGAAUGCGGCGCUGAUGCCAACAUCGGCAGUAGCAUGCGUCCUCUUCACACUGUUUGCAACGAAGGCUAUGUCGAAUUAGCGAGGCUUCUAUUGAACAAUAGAGCUUCAGCCUAUUGCAGAGACACGGCUGGGUGGUAUCCCAUACAUUUUGCGAGCCGAGAAGAUUCAGAUACAGAGAUAUUCAAUCUUUUGCUUCAGUGGGCCCCUGGAUGUCUCAAUGAACAAGAGGAUAAUGAAUCAUGGACGCCACUAAAUGUCGCCACUUACUUUGAUAGCUAUAACGCGGUUAACAUCUUGAUGCAGAUGGGAGCGGCUAUUGGCAUCCGGGAUGGUGUCGGUUGGACGCCGUUGAUGACGGCUGUAAGAAGAAAUUUUUACCACAUUUUCGACAACAUUCUCAAUCACAUCGGUAAAAAAGACGUCCAAACUCGGGAAAGGCUCGCCAAUCAAGCAGACGACAGCAAAGUGACAGUUCUUAUGGCCCUGUGUGAUGUGGAGCCAGGAACCGCUUUCAAAGCACGUGCAUCAUUGGACAAGUUCCUUGACGCAACACCUGAGCUCGAUUUUGGCGCAAAAGACUGCGAUGGUCGGACGGCUCUUCACUAUAUAAUACGUUCGGCCAGGAUAUAUCCCGAAGAACUCGAAAUCCGCCGAAUGGCUCAGCUGGUCAUCGGAAAGGUGCCAAAAGAUAUUCUGCUCCUACGAAACGCUGAAGGCCAGACAGCACUCGAGGACAGUCUCGAUGAUGAAUCCAGCAACAAUCUCUCAGAGACACCGCUUCGCAAUUUCCUGGAAGCUAUAGUCGAAAGACUAAGAGAAAACGGGGACGAUAGAGAAAAUCUUCUCUGCUGGCUUGCAUCACGAGAAGAUUGUCAGGGCGUUGCGAAAGACAUCCUUUCGAAUUUGGGAAUUCCAAAGGGCCGAAAUUCCGGCACUGAAUGUAGUCUGGUUGAGCUAGCCAUACACCACGAACUGCCUCGAGUACUUUUGGAGUGUAAAAUUGCGAAGGAGGAGAAGGAGCAUGGUAAAGGGCUGAUUGCUGAUCGCAGGAAAGAGCUCCAAAACGAGGUUUUGACCACAUUGAAAGAACCAAGCCCCCCUCAACAAGGUAGGAAGAAUGAGGCGAAGAAAUCAAGCGCGACGAAACAAAGCGGCACUCAAAGUCAACACAACACAAAGAGCCAAACCGAGGCGGAAAGGCGACUUAGGAUCCUUGACCAGAUGGAGGAUGUUCUUGACUAUAGCUACGUUGAGAAGACGCGAAGAGUCAGAGAUCCUCUCAAGGUCUCAAAGCUGGUGGACGAAAUGCAGGAAAGCCGGACAGAUUUUCAAGCAGCUAUCAUCUCAAUCUGUCGAGACAACUCUCAAUUCAGUAGAUACACGAAGUUUCGAAGUGUAGCUGAGACUGUCUACGGAUCAUCGCCUAUCAAGACAAUCAGCGAUACAAUCAAUGAGAUUAAAAAGUCCGAACCAACAUCUCACAACACCAAAGCGUUCAGCCAUCCGCAGGCUUCUGAGACAGAGAGCAACUUCACAUGGAUCCAUCUCCCAGCAACCAACGACACCAUGAACAAGAUAUUGAACCCUAACCAAUCUGACAACUUAGAUGGAAACAAGGAAGAUGAUCAAAUUGCUUCCUUUUUGCGCACCAGCGGGGUUCAAGUUCCCGACAAAACAUCCCCUUCGCGAUUUAUGCAGCCUCGAUAUGUCAAGAAGCCAGAAAAGGAAGUCCGAGCUCACGUCUUGGCGGUAGCUACGACUGAAACGGAUGCGAUGGAGGGGAAUGAGAAACACAAGGACAGGCAGAACAGCACUUGUGAUUCUAUGGCUUCGGCACUUUAUAUGCCAUUUUUAGCAGUGGGAAGCUACAAAAGACCACCUGUCGAGAGUGCCCAGAGCAGCGCGGCUGGUGUGGGACAAAGUGCGACCAAAACACGAGCCACUGCCGCGCGUAUACUCACCACUGCUGCCACCAAACUCAACGCUGCCGCCACCAGGCUCAACGAUGCCGCUACCAAAAUGAACGCCAACGGCGAUGCAAUCACUACGGCAACCAAGGAAUCCCCGGGCGGCGACAACGUUUCCACACCCGCCGCCAAUGUGCCCGGUUCUGGGACGAGAACUAUGGCUCCCCCAGUGCACUAUUCUCCCACGCUGGACAAGCACUAUUACCAUUUCGCCGUUGGGGAUGUAGCAUCUCAAGAGGAUAGGGAUUUGCGAAACGAAAACCAAGUGGUUACCAAGUACUUGUACCGGAAAGGCCUAGACAAGCAAGUUUCAUGGAAAGUCCUCCGAGUCAAUCAGCUAUGGGCUUGGACCAUUCGCGACGAAUUGGAGGAGAACGUUAAAAAAGGAAACAAUGCAUUUGUCGAGCAUAUCCUUGAGAAUCUGGCCGAUCGGGCUGAGAAGAACCCCGACAGUGGGCCACGCACCCCUACCGAGUUGAGCAAAGUCAUUGUCGAGUGGUGCAUCGGAGCUUACAGGAAACAACGCAAAGAUACCAGUCAGCAGCAGGGUAUCGAUGGGAAGUACUCUGACGAUCUGGAGCGGGCAGAACGGCCAAUUCGGCAGAUGUUUUCUGAUUCUAUCAAUGACAUUGGAAGACAAGAAGCAGAUUUAUUCCGCAACUUGACUGGCCAGAAAAGCAGCUCUAAACACCAGAACAACCGGACCAUAGGAUCGAAGCGGGAAGUCCCUAGAAACACACGUCUCCCCAGUUUCGAAACCGAUACGAUGAAAGCUGCUAGGCUUCUGUUCGAAAUUAAGGACGUUCGUGACGAGCUGAACAUUCUCAGAACCAUUGCCGAAUAUCAACAGAAAGUGCAGCUAGGCUUGAAUGGUAUCGUGCCCGGUAUCGUCUUCGCUGACAGCGUCGAUUGGGAUGAGGAUGAGACAGCCAAGUACGUUUCAAGCGAUAUCGAAGAGCUCGAUAGGCUUGCCAAAAAGACUGAAGAGGCUUUGAAUACAACAAUCACAAUAUACGAGAGCGAGAUUGGGAACCUGCAGGCAAAGGAGGCUGCAGAACAGGGCAAAAGAGUAAUGGUGUUUACACUCGUCACUGUCUUCUUUUUGCCUCUUUCGUUCCUCAGCUCUCUAUUUGCCUUGGAUGUGAAUUCGUUUCUUGAAGCACCAUGGUGGUCUCUGGUAGUAAUCUUCGUUGUGCCUCUUCCCUUUCUUCAUGCCGCCAAUGGCCAUGUGAAAGGUCGAGAUCCUUUCUCACUUUACUUAUUGAACAAGGAGAACCGAGAUGGGAUUGAGGAUACGAACAAAACUUUCCGCAAGAGGCUGGCUCGAGGACGCGGUAACAAGAACGCGGCGGACGCAUCAGCUAAUGUUUAG